ACCAUCCACAAGCAUUGUCAAGCCUUGGCAACAUAUACAUGGACUGCAACAUGAUGAGUGUUGCUGCAUCAUUCUAUAAGGCAACUUUAGCAGUUACAACAGGGAUAUCUGCGCCCUUCAACAACUUGGCUACUAUAUACAAGCAACAGACUGCUGCUGAUGGUCUUGUCAAUAGAGGGAACACAUUUAAGGAGAUUGGUAGAGUUACUGAAGCAAUUCAGGAUUAUACACGUGCUGUGAAUAUCAGACCAACUAUGCCUGAAGCCCAUGCAAAUUUGGCUUCAGCUUAUAAAGAUAAGUAA